UAUUCUAUUUGAAUAAGGUGUUGUAUAGAACCCACAAUGCCAGGCAGAUUAUUGUUUAAACAAAGUUACCCCGAACCCAUGGAAAAUGUUCCAGCUGCGAGUUUGUCGUUAGAACGCGAUGUAACCAGGUUGGGAUGGUUGUAUAAAAAGGCAGGAAGCAGUAAAAUUAAAUUUACAUCACUCAGUAAUUACGAUAAAAGAUACUUCAUAAUACUGAAGGGUUGGGUUUAUUAUUACAAAGACGACCACUCAGCUGCCCCACAAGGCUACUUCUCGUUGGAAGGAUAUAGUAAUAAAAUAUUCCCCGCUGAGGAAGAACGAUGUGCAGCGCUCCAAUGGGUGUUUAAACUUUACCCAAAGUCAAGCAGCAACAAUAAGCGAACGUGGUACCUUGCUCCUGAAAGUGAACGAUCAAUGAAUGAAUGGAGAGAAUCAUUCAGGAUAGAAAUUGAUAAACAUAAUAUAACAGAAAGUUCCCUUCGAGCGAGUCGAUCGUUGCCGGAGAAACGUAACUCAACUCUCCACAUGGAGGCGACAGAGGGACGUCCACAGAGUUUCACCAUCACCCAAAACACUAGGUUUUGCAACUCUGUUGAAACAUCUAGAAGUUGUAGCAGUUAUGGAAGUGAGGUUUCUGUUUUAUCAAACGAAACCGACGAUGGAUAUGAGACGUUAAUACCUCGGGAAGAUAAACCUCUGCCCGCCCUCCCACACAUGGGUAUUCCCCCACCCAACCCCCGGGACUUCCAACCCAUGGUGGACGAACAAAACUACGACGUUGUGGGAACCGUUCAGCCACCCCAACCCUCACCCCUCAGUCCACGAAUGAACAUGAAUGUUCACCGACAAAUUGGUCGGAUGUCGAGUCAACCCAUUGACCCCCCACCUCCCCCACCAUGCAAACCCCAAACCACUGAGAAUCACGAAGGUAAUUAUGAAGAACCCGUGUUCUUCAAAGGGAAUUCUCCAAGGUCAAGGUUGGAUAGUUACAACAAACCACUUCCACCUCUUCCAAAUGAAAAUAAACCUCUCCCUCCAACACCAGAAGAAUCGCAGGAAAACUACAUUGAUGUUGCGGGGAAUGUGGAUAAUUAUGACAUUGUACAAGGUGAAUAUCAACAACUUGAAAGUGAUGACAGUUAUGAAAACAAUCCAAUUUCAUCACCUGUCAAUCAAACAUCACCUGUCAAUCAAUACCGUCCCCCACAUUUACAUAACAAACCCCCAACCCCUGGAGCCAAGCCAAACAUGAUGCAACAGUUGAAACAGACACUUGAGGGCAACAAACACCCCCCGCCCCCACCUGGGUUAAAACCAACAUCGAACACAUUCGACCACAAACCCCCAACUUCACCGAUCAAUCGGCCAAAGUUAAAGACACCAAAACCUUCACCUAAGAAGUCUCACCCCAUGCCAACCCUCCAAGCAGCGUAUGAGGAACCUCCCCAAGUGCAGCCAGCAUACGUCGAUACCUCUGUAAUACAAGCAGAGUACCUCGACACCUCACAGUUCGAACCCACACAAACCCACAACCCCCCAAUGCCACCACCUAAACCUGCGUCAAAUUUUGCCAUGAAGCCCCCACAUGGUAGGCAAGGUUAUCCCCUCCCCUCCAAUAGAAACCGACCUUCUCUAUCCGAAGACCACACUGUAUCGAAUAUAGGAGGCGACCAGUUCAAACUGCACUCACCAAAUAAAUCAUCUACACUCCCAAACAUGCAAGGUUUAAGAUCCCCCUUCAGUCCAACUCUGCCGGAAACUUUUGAAGAAAAACCUAAACCAGCGAGGAACAAUUUCCAAGAGCAGAAAAAAACUUUUACGCUUCCUGCAAACCAAUUUAACUUAUUAGGUACUGAAGGAAAAUCUUUAUCACCGCCACCUACAGCUUCAAAACCUUUACCACCUCCCCCUGCAGCUUCAAAACCUUUACCACCUCCCCCUACAGCUUCAAAACCUUUACCACCUCCCCCUGCAGCUUCAAAACCUUCAUCACCUCCCCCUGCAGCCUCAAAACCUUUACCACCCACCCCUGCAGCUUCAAAACCUUUACCACCUCCCCCUACAGCUUCAAAACCUUUACCAUCCACCCCUGCAGCAUGGAACUCCUCUACAGCCAGCCCUGGAGCUUUUAAACCAUCUUCUGUUGCCACAAACAAUUAUAAACCGCAAAACAUUGAGUCAAAACCAUUUACACGUCCCCCUGUAACAAGCAAACCCCUUAACAGACCUCCUACAGCAGAUAGACCCUUCAACCCACCCCCUACAGCAGAUAGACCCUUCAACGCACCCCCUACAGCAAAUAGACCGUUUAACCAACCCCCUACAGCAAAUAGACCGUGUAACCCACACCCUAAAGCUGAUAGACCCUUUAACCCACCCCCUACAGCAGAAAAGCCAGGAAGAAAACCACCUUUAGCAACCAAACCUCCGAAGGUUGGACCAGAAAAACACUUAAAACCAGCCUUUGGAGCGGGGGAACCUGGUAGGCAAGACUCCACAAACGCAAAUUCCUCGUUUGCAUCAAGAUUACAAAUGUUUCAAGGAAAAUAGAAAUCUUAUACCCAUUUGUUGAUCACUUUCUAUGCAAUAAGGGAAAUUUUAUAAUUAAUUGGUUUUAUUUAAUUAUUUAAUAAUUGAGACGAUAUGUUACUGGUUAUGAACCAAUUAACGUUAAAUUAGGUUGUUUUUGUUUUGUUUGAAUUUACUGUUUAGGUACCUCUAUAAUAGAAGUGAAUAAGUUAUAAAUAAUUAAAAAAGGGCCAGCCAAAAUUUGUAACAAAAUCUAAAAUUGUGAAUAAGUUACAUUAUGACAUCAUAUUUCAUUGCUUGUUUACCAUGAUUGCAAUUGAAAAAUUCCAGUUUUAUAAGUUUUUGUUCAUUAACUUCCAGUUUAUCAAAAAUGAAAUAUCUGAUGCAUGUGCACUUACCAUCAUAAAAACAGUGACUCGUUAUUCCAUUUCUACAUUUUUGUAAUUUUCAAGUGCAAUUUUAACGGCAUUUAAUUGCAAUUUACUGUAGUUGUAAUUUAUAAAUAUUUCUUCAUAUUUUUGUUACUUUUUUACCCCACGAUAGCGCUAACGAGCCGAUUACGAACAUUUGCAUUUACUGCACCGUUGGUUAAGUCCUGUUUCUCUAUACUUCCAAGUUUCAUUUUUUCCAAACUGUGUUUUAAACUUUCUUUGGGAUUAUUUGCAAUCCUAUUAUCGAGUGUAAUAUUAAAUCCCAGUAUAUUGCAUACUAUUCCUAAAGCUUUGGAAACGUUAAAUUCUAUAAGAGUUUCAGUUUGUUUGACAACUUUAUGUUGUAAAAUAUCUUUGGUGCUUUAUCUCGUUCUGUUUUACUUUUUUUCUGAUCAUUUUUUCAAUUAAACAGAUUCUUUUAUGAAACGUGUUUUCUGUGUUCAAGUUUAAAAGCCGAUCAAAUUAUUAAAGGAGUAUAGAUGUGAGAACUAUAUGUUCGAGGG